AUGGAUGAUACCACAGGACCUUCCGGUGGUGACUCUCGAGAAACAGGUCGACGCCCUCCUCGAAUUCCGAACCCUCCAUCAUCUCCCCCUCCUACAUACUCCAAGAAUGACUACCUUCGAGAUGCUGAGUUCAUACUGUUGUUACAAGAAGUUCCCAUCGAUGAGAUUGGACCUUAUCUAUCUCAAUUGGUCACUGAUGUCGUUCUCGGGAUUGCUCGAGGUGCCGUAGCUGUUCUUGAUUCACGCACUCGAGGAGAAAAUCGUCUAAAAGCUGAGCAACGAUAUCAGGACGAUGAACAAGUUUUCACUGAAGCCGGUGCUCAUGCUUUCAUUGAUCGCUUUGUUGAAGGCCCUGCUCUAAAUGAAACUUCUGCCGUUGAGACUGCACAAGAACGAAGACGCCGACGUCGUUUCGAUCACGGGCCUGUCGAGGAUGCUUAUGCUAUUCCCCAUCGAGACACUCGGUCACCUCUAGGUCAGCAACCUCGAUAUCAACCACCUCCUAGAGAGUGGAGUGUCUUUCCCAGUGUGGCACCCUUUGGUACACCUUUCGGAAUGAACCCUUACCCUGCUUCAUCUCCUGCAAUGGGUUUUCAGCAACCAUAUCAGUACGCACCUCCUCCAGCAGCCCAAUCUCAACCUCAAAUGAUGCAACUGUCAAACUUGACUUCUCGUUCUACAAGUGGACGUAGACUUAAAGCAUCAGAAAUGGGAGAAUUCGAUGGCGCUGGCCCCGAGACGAGGAAGAGAAAGCAUGCGCCCGAGAUGGCUCCUUCGCCAAAGAGAACCCGAGUUGGCAAUGGUGACCUGAUAAUCAACGGCGAACUGAACUACUUCCGAUCCGGAGCAACGGAUUUUCCCAAUCUUCUACAGGAAGAGGGCCAGGCUUACUUCGAUCGUACCGGCUACAUCUUUAAGUUGCGCAAACUCGACAAGUUCAUACUUUUCUGCCGCCCACGUCGGUUCGGCAAAACACUAACAAUAAGGAUGCUGGAACAUUUCCACGGCCUUCAGUAUGCAGAUGAACAUCGAUGGCUGUAUAAGGGUCUUGAUGUGCAAAAAGAUAUCGAUGAAAGAAAAGUGAGCCCCGGAAAGUACUUCGUCUUGAAGUUCGAUUUCUCAUCAAUACCCCGCCGCCCAGACCUCACGGAGGCAAAUGAGGCACUUAUCAGGGCGUUGAAUUUUUCCAUUAAGCAGUUUUAUAAAGCAUAUACUGCAUACUUGGGCGGAAACUUUGAAACUCUACGCCAAGGUAUUAACAGUAAAGACCCUAACAUUAGUCUUGUGGAGUGUGUCGAUUUAGUUCAAAGUACGAUUGCACAGGACAAGCGUCUUGCAGAUAUUGAAGGAGUCUACAUACUCGUCGACGAGUACGAUUCAUUUCCCAAUCACUACCUCAAAUCACCCCAAGGCAUCAAAGGACAUAAGACGACAAAUUGGGAGAAGACUAGUGUCGGGGCAACCUGGCUGGCUUUCUGGGCUGAAAUGAAGAAGUUGGCGGCAGCAGGACGCAUCCAAAGAAUUUUCAUCACGGGCAUCUCACCACUCUCCCUGUCUCAAGUGGGCAGUGGAUUUAAUAUAGCAAGGAAUCUGUCAUUUCAUAAGGACUUGGCUCAGCUCUGUGGCUUGACAAAUUCGGAAUUGAAAGACACCCUACAACAAAUCACCCAAAAUCCCACAGACAGCGAGAAGUACCUUUCAGAAAUGACCAUCCGUUUCAACGGAUUUCAUUUCUGCAGAGAACGAGCGGUCAAAACCGUUUACAACACGGAGACAUGUCUAUUAUAUCUUCAGAGUCGUAUCGAGGGUAUUUCGCCAGAGAUAGAAAACCCGGAAAACUCUGAAGUAUCUUCGCUAUUUCUCGACCACCUUGCUACUUCAGCAUCGGUAAUAAAAGACCUUGAAGAUGGCCUGAAACGUGACGACAAAGGGCACUUUAUGCCUCUCAAAUACGACGAAUUCAAGACGGAGAUCAAGCUUCAAGAAUUGGUAACUGUACUCUUAUCUCAGCCCCGAUUCACGCUAACUUGUUACUUCUAG